AUGGUGGAGCACCUAGAAUCCUCUGGAGGAACCAUGGUUGAGAACUUAGAAUCCUCUGGAGGAACCAUGUUUGAGAACCUAGAACAUGAUGAGAUCCCUCAGGCCCGUCCUCUGCAUUCCCGGGACUCCACAAAGGAACAUUAUGAGAUCCCUCAGGCUCGUCCUCUGUAUUCCCGGGACUCCACAAAGGAACAUGAUGAGAUCCCUCAGGCCCGUCCUCUGCAUUCCCGGGACUCCACAAAGGAACUUGAUGAGAUCCCUCAGGCCCGUCCUCUCUAUUCCCAGGACUCUACAAAGGAACAUGAUGAGAUCCCUCAGGACUCUCAGGCUGAAGACUUGUUUGGGAUUAAAGUUAAAAAUAUGAGCGACGAAGGGCCAUAUGUAAGAGGCGAGGAGUCUUAUAAGGAGAAGGAAAUCCCUCCGGAGAUCAGCAGAGAUGGACCUCUUACCAGAAAUACACCAGAGAGAUGUCCCAGUCCCAUUCAUUCACGGGAGUCCACGUGUAAACCUCGCAGAAUUAGACAACGUUGUCCACGACAAGACGUGGUUGUUAUUAAAGUGGAAGAUUCAGAUGAUGAAGAGGAGCCAUAUGUGAGGGGUGACGAGGCGUGUAAGGAGGAUGAUGUUCCUCCAGAGAUCAGCACAGACCCUCAGAAGGAUUUCAAAGAUGAAGUAAAAAGACACAUGAAGGAUAAAGAAGAUGGAUUCCAUCCAGAGAUCAGCACAGAUGGGCGAUACAUCAGGAACAACUCGGACAAAUGUCCUACAAGUUAUCCAGAUGUGGAAAUAGAAGACGAUGAGGUCACAACCGAUUCGACCGAUGAGAGCACCAUCACCCCGAGCUUCCAUCCGAUACUGAACAGUGCAGAUCUGUCUUCUGACCCCUCUACACACGGGGGUUGCUUUCCUGACUUCCCCCGUCCAGUUGUUGACCCUUCUGUUUCCUGGAAUGAUAUCAUGACUCCGUGUUUCGAUCUGAACGAGUGUUUCAGCCAGAGGGCGAAGCUUCACGCGCGUCAAAAAGCCCAGAAGGGCUCGGAGUCCGUUUCCUGUUCGGAAUGCGGGAAAUCCUUUGCGCACAAGUCAAACCUGAUCACGCACGAGAGGAUCCACAACAGCGACAGGCCCUACCCGUGUUCCAUAUGCGGGAAACGGUUUACGCAGAAGUCCCAUCUGGUCACCCAUAAACGGAUACACACGGGGGAGAAGCCUUAUUCCUGUUCGACAUGUGGAAAGAGCUUCACAGACAAGUCCAAUCUCGUGGCCCACCAGCGGACUCACACGGGACUCAAGCCUUAUUCUUGUCCCGAAUGCGGUAAGAGCUUCGGCCGGAGGGCGUAUCUUCUCGACCACCAGAGGGAGAACAAAUGUGAGAGGGUCUGGUAUUUUAAGUGAUACCUUCUUAAACUAGGGAUGAGCAAAUUAGUUUGCACUUGGCUGAA